AUGUCUGACAGUCACUUGGAGGGUCCUCACGUCGCUGUUCCGGAGUCCGGUUCUUCGAAGAUGGUCGAUCGUUUGAACUCGCCGUCAUUGUCGCAUUUGUUUGCCAGAGAAAUCUUUCUGACUCCGUUGGUUACUCCUCUUUUUACAGACGUCAAGGCGUAUCUCGGCUACUUCAAUUUCUUCUUCAUUCGCGAAACGACCGGCUACCGUGAAAUUGGUGGUCUGGAAGCGUUCGUGCAUUCGUCAGUGACGGAAAUCUUUCACAUUGUGCAGGCGCACGUGGCUGCUUCCGGGGGACAUGGCAUACUUGGCUUUAAAGUGAGCAUCAAUGACCUGUCGUGUAACCCAGGACGAAAUCAGGCGCAGUUCCUCCUCGGAGUCAGUGGCGACAUCGUUACGACUGUUUAG